CGAAUCCGAAAAUUCUGCUGUCAGCCGAUCGUCUUCCCCUCCUCGUUUCUGCUGUAUAUAUAUCUCACCGACCCCUCAAUCGUUCCUCCUCUUGCCCCAUCUCACUAGUGCCCAAAGCCUCAUCGUUCCUCUUCAAAUCUCCACAUCUCCUUCCAUUCGUCAUGUCCGUCUCUACGAAGGAACACGACCACGACUUGGAGCUCGACAAGCGUCAACACCAAGACGCGGAGGCUGGCGGGAUCCCUGCUUUGGCCAAUGUCGAUGACGACGCUCACGUACCCAACCAGAUCCACGAGCUCGUCUCUGAUGUCCCUCUUGCCGGUGUGAGGAGGGUCGAGACCGUACAGGCCGUCUGGACCAAGAAGAGUCGAUGGGUCUUGUUCAUCGCCCUCGGUCUCGCUUCGUACAUCUACUCGUUGGAUGGGACUACUGCUUGGCAAUAUGCAUUCUACGCGACCUCUUCCGUCUUUGGGAACAUGUAUUCUGGAGCCAUUGAUACCGCCGGAGCUAUCAUCAUCGCCGUCGGUAAACCUCUCAUGGCCAAGCUGUCCGACGUUUUCGGUCGUGCGGAAGCCUACUGCAUUGUCAUCGCGUUCUACGUCAUUGGAUACAUCUGCAAGGCUUCGGCUCAGGGUGUCGGUGCGCUCGCCGGUGGAACGAUCAUCUACUCGUUCGGGUACACUGGAUUGCAAUUGCUUUCCCAGAUCAUCAUUGCCGACACGACCACCCUCAGAUGGCGUGGACUGUCCAGUGCCCUGCUCUCCACUCCCUUCAUCAUCAACGCCUUCGUCUCGGCCGAGAUCGCAAACGGAAUCUUGCCCAACUGGCGAUGGGGUUACGGCAUGUUUGCCAUCCUCGUCCCUGCUUGUCUGGCUCCUAUCGUCGGAGUCAUGUUCUGGGCUCAGAUCAAGGCCAAGAAGAUGUACAAGAACGAGAUCGCCGCCGCCCGUGCGCUUCCCCGUAAACCCAUCGGCACCAUCCUCUACAACAUCGCCAACGAGAUGGACCUCAUCGGUCUGAUCCUGGUCGCCGCUUCUCUGGCUCUCAUCCUCCUGCCUUUCACCCUGGCUCCCUUGGCCGAUGGCAAGUGGAACAACCCUAGCAUGAUCGCCAUGAUCGUCAUCGGGUUCGUCAUCUUCCCCGGCUUCUGUUUCUGGGACGCCAAAUACGCCAAGUACCCGAUUGUGCCUUACAAGUUCCUCAAGAACCCCACCAUCUUGGCUUCGUGCAUCAUCGGUUUCACCGACUUUGUUUCCUUCUACCUGCAAUACACCAACCUCUACAACUUUGUCUUUGUUACCAAGGACUGGGACGCUCGAUACAUGUCCUACUUCGGUUACACCCAGACCAUCGCUUUGACCGUCUUUGGUAUCAUGGCCGGUGCUAUCAUGUCGUACACCAGGGAAGUCAAGUGGAUCAUGUUCACCGGACUGCUGAUCCGUCUCGCUGGUGUCGGGAUGAUGCUGCACUCGCGUGGUGCUCGAGGAUCGACCGCCGAGUUGGUCAUCAACCAGGUCUUGCAGGGUAUGGGAGGUGGGUUUGCCGCCACCUGUAUUCAGGUUGCUGCUCAGUCCCAGGUUCCCCACGUCAGCGUCGCUACGGUCACUGCCAUGGUCUUGUUGAUUACCGAGGUCGGAAACUCUGUCGGUACUGCUGCUGCUACCAGCAUUUUCACAACCCACAUGCCUGGUGCGAUCGCCAAGCAUGUUCCCGGUAACAACGCCACCUUGAACGCACUUUUGUUCUCUGCUCCCUCUGUCUACGGUCGAGACAACCCUCUUGGCUCGCCCAUCAGGGACGGAUUCAUUCAGGCUUACGAAGACGUCAUGUUCAAGCAGGUCCUCGCCGCCACGAUCGUCGCCAUCUUGCCUCCUAUCGCCUGUCUCCUCUUGACCAAGCGAAUCAAGCUCGAGGACGUCCAGAACUUGGCCGACGGACGUGACUUGGCUGGAAAGCCGACCGAGGUCUCGCGAGAGUUGGGCAUCGUCGACGACGACGAGUCGAAGGACAGGCGCUCGCUCUAGACAGGUCGUUCGACCCCUUGACCAUCACCCCCACAAAAGAAUUACCCAGCCCUUCAAACGGGUCGUGGUCGAUACAUUCGCUUUUUAUAAUAACUUUACUUGUAACCGAGGUUUAUUACCUAACACUUAGACGACGAGGUUUUCAGGGUCACUUGCAUGACGAUA